AUGGCUGCGCCCAUGCAUCUCGCUGUGCCCAUGCAUCUCGCUGUGCCCAUGCAUCUCGCUGUGCCCAUGCAUCUCGCUGUGCCCAUGCAUCUCGCUGUGCCCAUGCAUCUCGCUGUGCCCAUGCAUCUCGCUGCGCCCAUGCAUCUCGCUGCGCCCAUGCAUCUCGCUGUGCCCAUGCAUCUCGCUGUGCCCAUGCAUCUCGCUGUGCCCAUGCAUCUCGCUGUGCCCAUGCAUCUCGCUGUGCCCAUGCAUCUCGCUGUGCCCAUGCAUCUCGCUGUGCCCAUGCAUCUCGCUGUGCCCAUGCAUCUCGCUGCGCCCAUGCAUCUCGAUGCGCCCAUGCAUCUCGCUGUGCCCAUGCAUCUCGCUGUGCCCAUGCAUCUCGCUGUGCCCAUGCAUCUCGCUGUGCCCAUGCAUCUCUCCGUGCCCAUGCAUCUCGCCGUGCCCAUGCAUCUCGCCGUGCCCAUGCAUCUCGCUGUGCCCAUGCAUCUCGCUGUGCCCAUGCAUCUCGCUGUGCCCAUGCAUCUCGCUGUGCCCAUGCAUCUCGCUGUGCCCAUGCAUCUCGCUGUGCCCAUGCAUCUCGCUGCGCCCAUGCAUCUCGCUGCGCCCAUGCAUCUCGCUGCGCCCAUGCAUCUCGCUGCGCCCAUGCAUCUCGCCGUGCCCAUGCAUCUCGCCGUGCCCAUGCAUCUCGCCGUGCCCAUGCAUCUCGCCGUGCCCAUGCAUCUCGCCGUGCCCAUGCAUCUCGCUGUGCCCAUGCAUCUCGCUGUGCCCAUGCAUCUCGCUGUGCCCAUGCAUCUCGCUGUGCCCAUGCAUCUCGCUGUGCCCAUGCAUCUCGCUGAGCCCAUGCAUCUCGCUGUGCCCAUGCAUCUCGCUGUGCCCAUGCAUCCCGCUGUGCCCAUGCAUCUCGCUGUGCCCAUGCAUCUCGCUGUGCCCAUGCAUCUCGCUGUGCCCAUGCAUCUCGCUGUGCCCAUGCAUCUCGCUGUGCCCAUGCAUCUCGCUGAGCCCAUGCAUCUCGCUGUGCCCAUGCAUCUCGCUGUGCCCAUGCAUCCCGCUGUGCCCAUGCAUCUCGCUGUGCCCAUGCAUCUCGCUGUGCCCAUGCAUCUCGCUGAGCCCAUGCAUCUCGCUGUGCCCAUGCAUCUCGCUGCGCCCAUGCAUCUCGCUGUGCCCAUGCAUCUCGCUGUGCCCAUGCAUCUCGCUGUGUUCGUGUGUCUGUCUCCUUCCCAUCGCAUCUCUCUGCACCCACCAAUCAUCAUCAUCCAUUCUUUCGUGCCUCCGCCCCUUCCUUCCCUUGUUGCUCCUGCCCUCACGUUCCCUUUUCGUGUCACCCCUAUUCAAAACCUGACUAAAUUGUCUCGCCUGUCCCCCGCCAGGCAGAGGGCCUUUCUGGUGGCCUUGAUCGCGCUGCAGCACGGCCAGGGCAGCACCGACAGCCGCACUCAUGCCCACGAGGGGGACAGUGGCAGCGGCGGUAGCAGCAGUGGGAGCAGCGCGGGUGUGGCGGUGCAGGGCAGUGCGCGCGUGACGGAGGUGCCGGUGGCU